AUGAUGUAUUCUCUACCAACCGAAGUUCAACUUGAUGUAUUGAAAUGUCUUACUUUUGAUCAAUUAUUUUAUUUUAAACAAACAAAUCUUCACUUUCUCAAUUUAAUUAAUAAAUAUGAGAGUGAAUUGGCGAGAAUGAAAUUUAAUAAACUCGAAAUAAUUGAAAGUCCUCAGGAGAUAAAUCUAAAUGAAUUCGUUAAACCUGUGCCUGAAGAUUUUAAAUUUACUUUGAAUGGUCGACUUAUUAAUAAGGUUUUAAUUAAUUUAAAGCUUAUCAAAUUUGUUUUUCAGUGGAAAAAAGCGAUAUCUGAAUCGAUUUUUUUGUUUUCUAAUAGUUUUGAAUCGCACCGAAAGUUUGUUAUUGAAAUGGAAAAAUUAUUGGAUGGUAAUAAUCAUUUUUGUUCCCUUACAACAUUGCCAAAUAUUCCAAAAAAUAUUGAAGAAAUGAUUAUUCUUCGUUGUUGGCUAGAAAAAAUAUUUAAUUAUGCUUUUGAAUAUGUCUAUUUUAAUGAAAUUGUAUUUAAUCCAGAAUUAAUUAAUUUAUUAUUUGAUAACGACAAAACAAUUCCUCCUCAAUUUAAUAUUCAAGAAUGCUGUUUAUUAACAGAAAAUAAUACAUUAAAAAAUAUUUCCAAAUUUGUUCUGAAUCACUUGAUAAUUUCCGAAUCUCUUACUUUCAAUUUUAAACAGGCUGAUAUCACAGAGGAAAAUAUAAAUAUUUUAUUUAAAAUUUUAACUAAUGGAGGCCAAAGAUUACCUAAAGUUUGUUUCAAUAGUUUUUAUAGUGUUGAUUUGGCAAGGCUUUAUGACCUAAUAAUACAGGUUAUUAAGCUAAUUUAUUAUUUGAUAACGAAUAAGGGACUGGGCCAAUAG